AUGCCAAAUUUGCGAAUCCUGGCCUGUGGUGGAGAUGGAACGGUGGGCUGGAUCCUCUCCAUCCUAGAUGAGUUGCAGCUAAAUCCCCAACCUCCUGUUGCUGUGCUUCCACUUGGCACUGGGAAUGACCUUGCUCGCACCCUCAACUGGGGAGGGGGAUAUACGGAUGAACCUGUUGCAAAAAUCCUCUGCCAUGUAGAAGAUGGAACUAUUGUUCAACUGGACCGCUGGAACCUCCAUGUGGAGAGAAACCCCGAUUUACCGCAGGAUGAACUUGAAGAUGGAGCACGGAAGCUUCCCCUUAGUGUCUUCAAUAACUACUUCAGCCUUGGAUUUGAUGCUCAUGUCACUCUGGAAUUCCACGAAUCUCGAGAAGCAAAUCCUGAAAAAUUCAACAGCCGCUUUCGAAAUAAAAUGUUUUAUGCAGGGGCAGCAUUUUCAGACUUCCUUCAGAGAAGUUCCAGAGAUUUAUCCAAACAUGUGAAAGUUGUUUGUGAUGGCACAGACCUGACCUCAAAGAUUCAGGAGUUGAAAUUCCAGUGUAUAGUGUUUUUAAAUAUACCCAGGUAUUGUGCAGGCACAAUGCCCUGGGGAAAUCCAGGAGACCACAGAGAAUUUGAACCUCAGCGGCACGAUGAUGGUUACAUUGAGGUUAUUGGAUUCACUAUGGCCUCCUUGGCUGCUCUUCAAGUGGGAGGUCAUGGAGAAAGGUUACAUCAAUGCCGGGAGGUGACACUCUUGACUUACAAAUCAAUCCCCAUGCAAGUGGAUGGGGAGCCUUGUCGCUUGGCUCCCUCUCUCAUCCGAAUCUCCCUGAGGAAUCAGGCCAACAUGGUCCAGAAGAGCAAGAGGAGGACAUCCAUGCCUUUACUCAAUGAUCCCCAUGCCAUCCCAGAACGCCUACGAAUCAGAGUGAAUAGAAUUAGUUUACAAGAUUAUGAGGGACUGCAUUAUGACAAGGAAAAGCUCCGAGAAGCUUCUAUUCCUCUGGGAAUUAUAGUUGUUCGAGGAGACUGUGACUUGGAAACUUGUCGUAUUUAUGUGGAUCGCCUAGAGGAGGAUUUGCAGUCAGUCUCUUCAAAUACACAGAGAGUUCACUACCAGGAUGAGGAAAGCACCUUUCCAAGAGUAUCAUCGGUCCAAAGACUUUCCCCUAGAUGGUGCUUCCUAGAUGCAACUUCCGCUGAUCGCUUCUACCGCAUCGACAGAUCUCAGGAACAUUUGCACUUUGUGACGGAAAUUUCGCAGGACGAGAUUUUUAUCCUGGACCCAGAGCUGGUAGCAAGUCAGCCAGCAGGGACACCACCAGGAAUGCCUGAUCUAGUAGUGGAGCAGGCCUCUGGAAUAUCGGAUCGGUGGAACCCUGCGGUUCGGAAGCGCAUGCUGAGUGACAGCAGCCUAGGAAAGAUGUCCCCACACUACGAGGUACCUGAAAAACAAAAGGAGGCCAGCCAGACGCACAUGCUGCAAUCCCCAGUUUCUUCAGAAGAUCAAGCACUUUUGCAGUCAGUAAUAGCUGGUGAUUUUUUAAAAUUCAUAGAAUGCUGUACAAAGGGAGCUAAUCUGCUAAUCCAGGGGCCUGAGCACUGUUCCUUACUUCAUCAUGCUGCCAAGACUGGGCAUGGUGAGAUUGUGAAGUACAUUCUAGACAAUGGUCCUUCUGAAUUACUGGAUAUGACAGAUAGUGAAACGGGUGAGACGGCACUUCACAAGGCAGCAUGCCAGCGCCACCGGGGUAUCUGCCAGCUUUUGGUAGAGGCAGGAGCGUCAUUGAGGAAAACCGAUUCCAAGGGUAAGACACCUCGGGACAGGGCCCAACAGGCAGGAGAUCCAGAUCUAGCUUCUUACCUGGAGAGUCGACAGAACCACCAAGUAGUUCCCCAUGAAGACCUAGAGACUGCAGUGUGAUAAUUGUGGUCGGUGAGAGAAUAACCUAGGAGAUAACAAGGCUGAACCCGAGGCACACUUGGGCAUCAUGAAAGGAGGGGAAAAAUAGAAUCGACACGUCUCUCGUUCUCAUGAAAAACAUCUGAGAAGAAGCCACCAGUUUGUAAGGGCUACGGAGACUUGCCACAGGACUCUCAUGUUCCCAUAUGUUAACCUGUGGGGAUAAAGGAGGAGAUUUAAAGGUCUGUGGAAUCCAUGGGCCAAGGACAUUUAUCUUUAUUGCUCUCAGCAAGUAGCAUGAACAUCUCCUGUGUUCCUCUGUAGAAUUUAUGUGAACAAUAACAACAGAAGGUGUGGAGGAAAAAAGAAAAAUAAGAUGAAUAUUCAAAAUCCAGCCAAACCCUUUCCCUCACCACAAAUCCUUGCCAUAAAACUCUUGUGUUCCUAAAUGUUAGUCCCAGCUGCCUUUUCCUUCAGUCUUGUGCUCCAUAUUCUUCCUAUUUCUGUCCCCACAGUGGUACAUCAGUAAAGUGGUGUCUGUUUAUCUCUGUACUAAAUCUUCAUAGCUGCUAAAGAUGGAACCAGUGUUCUGAGGAAAGCCCUGGGUGCUCUUGGCAAAAUAAUACCUUUAAAUAACAAAAAUCACUUGUACUCCCCCAAGAGAUUAUAUUCACAGAUGUUUCUCCUUUUGAACAUAUUUGAACUGCUGUAUUACUCAGAUAUGUAUAAGAGCUGUUGCAAAAACAAUCACAAAGAGAGGAGUGGGUUUCAUAUGGAUUUGAGAAUCUAGAGACAACUGGGGUUGGUGGCACACAAAGAAACACAUGAGUUGGUAGUGAUGUGCUUAAACUUCUCUCAGAAAGUAUGCUAGUUUUAUUCAAAUUUUCCUGGCCUCCCACCAAAUGUCUCAGAUUAUGGGUAUGAGAAGGUGCUCCAUAAUUCCCCCCUCCAUUUUCCUUUGGGCAAAAUCUGGAGACAAUUUAUGGAUUUGUCAAAUUCACUCAAGAAAUUAUGCUCAUCAUAGUCUUUUCAGUGACCACUCUAACAAGGUGACACAGCUGCCUCUUUGUUCCCACAAUAGAUCAUCAGUGUUUAGUCAUAAUGUUUGUCUUGAACUGACUACCUUUGAGUAUCUGAGAUACAUUUGAGGCUGCCAGAGACCAGAGAAUCAUUAUUAGUACACAUAAUGUGUUGCAUUUGGUCAAAUAACAUAGCCUUUAGCUUUUCUCGUUUGCUUUUUAAGGGCACUUGAAACUAAAUUAAAAGUAUCUGCUGAUAGAUCUUGGCUUGUUGGUAUAAAGUAGAGGUAGGGAAAGUGCAGCCCAUUGUUUGCACAUGGUACCUAACACAAUUUUGGGGGACCCUUAACACCUGGAAAUGGCUCUAUACGCCCAAAUGGGUGGGCAAUUUCAUUACAUUCUCCCAUGCCAAUUUCAAUUCCUGUUUUUUUUUUUAAAUUAAGGCUUCUCCUUGGCCCAAAUAAAAAAAGAAUGAAAAAAAUAUAUUGACAGUGCAAUGCUAAGCAUAUUUAUUCUAUCUAAAUUCACUAGAUGCCCUCUAGUAAUGGUGUUUAGGAGUGCAUCCAAAAUUCCCAUUGGAUGGCAAGCAUGAGUUACUGGACUGGAGAAUGGCUUUAUUCAUUGAGAAGUAGUUCUGCAAAUUAUGGAAUUAAACUUUUCCAUUGCUUCUUCUAUUAGGUUUGUUUAAUCCCUCUCCCCAAAUCUCAGCCUUAGUUGAUAUCCAACAAAAUAAUCAGUCCUAGAACAAAGUCAGGGUGAUCUACUGCAAAGGAUCACAGUUGUAUAUCUACCUGUCCAAGUCUAGGGAUCCACCCAAGUCUAGGAAUGUAUUUCUUUGCUUUUUUGUGUGUGUGUUCUUCUAUUCCAGAACUAAAAUGUGAAAGUUUUCUCUUCCUUGGAUGAAAUUUUGUGCAUUUUAAUUUGAUUUUUUGUUGGCUUCCUUGUAAUUUUUUUUAAAUUGUUUUGCCAAUUUUUGCAUUAAAUUUAAUUUCACACAAAAACAACAGGUUUUGGUCAAAAAUAACAUUUUCCCAAUUUCUAUGAAAAAAUCUCUAGUCUUUUCUCUCUCAAGCAGAGGUACAAAACAUCAAGAAAGUUCCGUUUUUUCAGCGAUGAUGCCCUUUUUUGUUUUAUGGAAUUAUUCCAUAGUAACUUCUAGGAAAUUUGGUUGUCACAGAGCCGAUAGGUUGCCACGGAGCCAAUUUCAGUGGCAUAACCUUUUUUGCCCAGUAUAUGGUAGUACCCUUUGGUAUGGCAUCAAAAAGGAAGCAUGAACGAAUGAAUGUGCUCAAUUUCCCAGGCUUUGUAUCUUUGUCUACAGAAGUUACAUGCUCAGUCACAUCUAUAUAGCAUUAAGGUUGAGUCAGACCUUGGACAAUUACUUUUGGCUACUACACACAGAAUUCUCCCAGUCAUCUUUGCUUAGGAAUUCUAGGAGUUGUACUCAAAGAGAACUUUCCCUAGCUUUCUGUAGAAGUCCAUACAUUAACUUAUGAUGGUUGGCUUGUAUGUUUCUGUGAAUUUGGUUUUCUAUAUUAUAAUUAUUAUUUUAUUUAUUUAUAUCCCACCUAGGGACUCAAGGUGUCUAUAAGCGUACUGUUAACUUGGUCUUAGCUUUACUUGGGAUAACUUCUGUCUAUAUAUCCAAUUGGGAAUACAGUGAUUAUAUUAUCAUAUGGUACUAUGUUUUCUUCCCCCUAGUGACUGAAUUUGAAGCAAAUUUUAGAAUGAUAGCAUUGUGCCUUCUUUUCAAAGGCCACCUUCCACCACAUGGAGCCAUCCCUCUCCCCCAUUGGGAGCUCAGUUGGGGGCAGUCAUUGUGUGACAGUAACAAUGUCCAAGACAGAAGUUGUAAGAGAAAUGGGCAUUUAAUUGUGCCUUUUAAUAUUCAAGGUGUCCUGAAGCACUUUCCAAAAGCAAUGUGUCAGCAGUUCAUCAACUGUGUACUACUUGGAACAGUCAUUAUGCUUUCAAAAUAGCUUACAGGCAGCCUAGGGUAUCAGUGUGUGUGUGUGUGUGUGUGUGUGUGUGUGUAAUAUCAAGCAGGAAGUGGAUGAGGCCAUGGCUAUAUUUUUCUUUUCUUUUCCAUCUCAAGAAAACCACAAAUCAUACAAGCACCCCAACAUAUGACUCGAGUAAUAUAUACUAUCUGCACUAUUGUCCCACUGAAGCAGAUAAGAACAUAAAGUCAAUUGGGGUGAAAGAACUGAAUGGAUGCAAAUGCUUGUUAACAGGCAAAUUAUCCCAAUGAUCAUACAAGCACUCUGGGAGAGAAUUGACUACGACAUCUGCUUCUCUGGUGCCAGAAUUUCCCCAAACAAAAUGUGGGGAGCCAUGGAUGGUAAUGUUUAACACUGUCCUUAUCAACAAAUUUAUGGUAGCAUGGAUUCAUGGAGUGAAGCCUAUAGUUUCUAAUGCUUGAAGAAUUACAAUCUGUUGACCUAGGGAGAACCUGUGUGUAAAGGGACAGUGCAAAUCAGGGAAACAGUAAAGUCAAAUAGCAAUACAAUACAAAAAGUACAUUUUGUGACCAUUCAGAUACAGCUUCCAUGUUUGCAAAUAAGCACAGGGACCACUCAUUACAACAGUUAGUAAAGGCAGCAAUGGAAGUGGCUCUGUUAAAAUUCUCACUGUAAAAAUGGCCACUUUCAGACACAGUAUGCAUGUCUCUACUUGGAGCAAUAGCAACUCAGUACUUCUGUCUACUUAGUUCUCUACAAAAUAUCUUCUACCUAGCUUAAGGAACCAUGGUUUGAUUUACCCUAGUUUAUCCCCACUACAACUGUGUUGCUUAACAUCAACCAGGGACCUUCAUAGCCAAACAAGGCUUUCACACUGAGUUCCUUAGUUCAAGUUAAGUAUGUUGUUUACUACAUCACACUGGUUCACACUUGGCUGUCUGUAUUUUCCCAUUUCUGUGAUUCGUUGUAUGGCAUUGUGUCCAUCUAGGGUUUCUUGUUCUGUUUUUGACAAGGAUUUCAAUUCAUUGACUGAUGAUAUCUGAUCUGAAAGUAGCAGAGCAUGUGGUACAAGCUGUAGGGAGAAUAGUUGUGCAAGAAACUUAAAAUUAUCUCAUUUUCAUCACAGUGCAGCUUCCUAAAUACCUGGUCUAGUGCUAAAGCAGUGAACCAGCAGUAUGGGAUGUUGCUUCAAGUCAUGGAUAUGUGACCAUAUGUCUCAUACCUAAGCUUAGGCUGAGAAACAAGAAACAAGAGUACCUGCAUGCAUCCAUUAUUAGGAAAAGGAUGCCCUGCUAAGAUUGUGCCUUGAGCUGGGCUUCCCAAGCUCUGAAUGGAAUAUUCCACAGCCAUGGAAUUUGUAUCUUAAUUUUCCAAGCAGUUUCAGGUUUGGAGUACAUAAGGUGUAUGCCCUGACUCCUAUUUUAAAUGACAUUCAUUUCUCCUGUUUUCAUGGUGGUUGUGGUAAAAAGUGAAAUGUCUAAGACUUCUGUACAUCUUACAGUGUGUACUAAGCAUAUUGUGGAUUGAUUGCAAAGAGCCACCAAUAAGCAGCCAUUUUAUUGCAUUUGCAAUACACCAAAAGAUCCAUCUCCUAACCCUGUUAUAUAAGGCUUUCGCCUGAUAAAUCAAGCAGACCUUACUUUAUUAUUACGCAGAACCAGACAAUCACUGGUGAUACAGACUAAGUUUAAAGUUAAGUUUAAAUGAAUUGUGCUUUAGACCCCCUGAAAUCAAUGGGGAAUGAGUUGGUCAUCAUUGCUUUGUGGAUGUGAUUACACUGUUGAAUUUACUAAAGAACAAACCUUCUCUUAUUUCAGUUCCAUGUGCAAGAGUAAUGAAUAUCAAAAGUUUGUCUCCUCACUAGAUAAGAUUAUAAGAGUACAUUUGCAAUGAUUUUUCGUAUUUGGGAAGGAAUUUUCUUUGCCCUUCUUUGUUUAUUUUUGUGAAAAACAAUAUUCUUUUGCAAAAAUAUAUAUUUUUGUUCAAAAUGCUGUUUAUAUGAAAAAUAUGCUUUCUUCCCCUCCCCCAAUCACUUUUUCACUAAAUUUCUUUUGCAAAUUUUCAGACACAAAAUUCUCAACAUGCAAAUAUAUAUAUAUAUAUUUCAACAAUAAACAUUCUCUCAAUGGAAUGGGAUGUUUGAGGGAUGCUUUCUCACCAUGAUUAAGAAAAUCUUUUUGAGAUUCUUUGCAACCCUAGAAUUCACUAUUGCUAGGCUUGAUGGCUGUCAAUCUAAAUAGCUUUAAAAGUGAUUUAGAUUUAUUAAUGAAAAAUGGAGUUAUAAAUGGCUACUUAUGGCUGGAAAGCAUACAUGGAAGGGUGCAAUUGCACUCUUCUCCUGCUUGUGGGCUUCCCAUACAGAACUGUUUAGCUAUUGGAUGAACAGUAGGGGGGAAAGGAAGAUAAUAUUAUAGAUGGAUUAAUUCAGUAAAGGAAGAUUCAGAUCUGAGUUUGCAAGAUCUGAGCAGAGCUGUUAAUAAUUUGGGACCUUGAAAGUUUGUCAUUUGUAGUGUCACAUAAAUUGAAGCCAACUUCAUGACAAAUAAUUACAAGAAAAUUUAAUUUGGACCCGGUACAUACUUGCUUCACUGUCCGUAGUGGCAGCGGCAUUUUUCCUCUGUAGGGAAGCUGCAGCCACCGAACUGCGCAGCUUCCCUGUGGAGGAAAAAAACGAGCAAAAAAAGGGGUUCUUUUAAAGCCGCAGGGGCUGAAUAACUAGUGCGCCACAGGCGCACUGGUUACAUAAGCACUGUGCAGCAACAUGUGGACACCACACAAUGCUUACGUAACAAUGGUGGCACCCAUGUAUACAGGGUGCCGCCAUUGUUAUGGCAUCAUGCCAUACUAGGGUUAGGGACUGCGGUUGCUGCGCAGUCCCUUAACCCUAGUACGGCAUCAGCACAGUGCUUUAGUGCUGUGUGUACCACGCCUUGGAUCCAAAUUAUUAUUUUCUUCUGGAUCUAUGAGAAACCUAUAUGACAAUAUGACAAUGUUACCAUACAGAAGGCAGCUGUAUCACAAAAUUAACAUUUAACAUACAGGUAGAAUGCAAGGCUUAUCAAAUGUAAUUUUCAGGUCAUGGAGAUAGGACAGAAAGGCCCAACUGUAUGGGUUUAUCCAGUAUGGAUGCACUGUUUAGAUUUAUUAGUUACAUGCCAUAAGUGGACAUGCACAAGAUUAUUGGUUUGAUCAGAUUUUGGCAUGCCUGAUUUUGUUUAGGAUUACAUUGAGAACAAUAGGGGGGGAGCUAGUGUGUGUUGUGUGAAUGCAUGUGUGUAUGCCAGAGAGGAAAAGAGUAAUUAAUUAUUGAGAAGUUCCUUUGUAUGUGAUGAAGGUGCCUUUGUACUUUCUUGGUAAUGUGUGAUACUGCUAAGCAAACCUGGGGCACUAAAGGGUUUUAGUGUGUGAUGAACAAUGUCGGUAUAUUUUAUAUCUUGCACGGGUGCUGAAAGUAAGCAUUACAGGAAGUGUACAUGUCUCCUUCCUAGUAAUGUUUCAUAAAAUAAAAGGUGUGCUGUGACAGAGUCAUACAUUUUUAGAUUGCGAAUUUGUCUUCCUGUGUCCCAAUACAUUGGUAGUAUUUUCAGAGGCAUGGAAAUCUGUAAUACAAUUACAUAUACUGGAUUAUUUCUUUCUUGUGCUCUAAAGUAUUAUUAGUAUUUUUAAGGAAAUACACAAUUAUGAUUAUGUAAUAUCAAGCAUCUUAAUUUACGCAGACAUUACUGUGGGGGAAAGAAUAACACUCUGAGCUACUUGUGUUGGUGGCUGCUCCUAAAAUUUGUUUAUAGCUAAGGUGUUGAGAUUAGAAGAGUACUGCUGGAUCAGUCCAAGGGCCAAUCUAGUCUAGCAUUAUUUUCACCCAGUAUUCAUCCACUUGCCCAUUGAAAGAUCACCAGUAACACAUGAGUGCAACUCCACCCUUCAUUAAAUAGUUUGCUUUUGGGAUACAGGCCAUGGACCCAUGGAGCAUCUGCUGUAAUUCCCCAAAGGGACAUGAACAGUGGUACAUCCAGCUGGCCCUCAAGCCUAUGGUGUCCUUAGCUAGAAAUAAAAGAGUUAUCUCUGCACCUAAACUAUCAUCUCAUCUUUCAUUCACUUCUCAUCACUUAUUACUGAGUCUCAUUUCAAUUUUGCGCAUGCUCAAGUGUAUGUGCCUUGUCAAGACUGAAAGGUGCAUGCAUGCUCUUUUUUUGUAACAUUUCUUUUUAAAACACACACAGUGGCAAAGAGUAAACACUGGCAUAUUUUUAAAAAGAUGGUAACCCCUUUCCCCACGCACACAGUUUUUAUGCUUGACAUGUAUGUUGUACUUUGGCAUGCAUAACUGAGUUCAAAGCAUCAAACAAGAAUUAGCAAGUACUGAAAUCUGUGCAAGUUUGCAGAAAAGACAUGUCUGAUGCCACAUGUGUCGGCCUCGAGCAGUGCUCCAUAUUCUUGUGUGGGGCUGGAAACCCACUCAAAUGUAUACAAUGUGAAUUAAGUUUAAUAAUAUAUUUGCUUUGGUUUGUUUUUACAAAAUUGGUGCAUUUGAAUAAGAUGCACAUAUAGAAAGAAUAUACUUCCCAGAGUGGUGGGAUCUAGAGUUCAGCCAUCUAAAAAAGACUGGCCUGGUCAGGACCUGGUGAUGUGAAAUGUGGCUACUCCUGGAUUGUCUUUGUUGCAUUUUGGUUCCAUUGUAACUCUUAAAAUGACUGUCCCAUUCUAUGGUAAAACUGGGACUAAAGUAUUUCCUGUUAUCAAUAAAUCACAAUAAAUGUGAUUCUCUU